AUGGCUACUCAUGUCUUGACCGCAACUGUCCCUGGUCCUGGUUCUCACCAGAUCGCCAUGUACAGUCAACAUUCUCCCACACAUUCAAAUAACACAACUUCCAACAACUCUCCCACAUCACCCAAUAUGUCUUCGGCCACUCUCCACCAGCUCCCUCUGCAGUCUCGCCAACUUCGCCCACCCAAGGGUCCCCUCUAUGUCCCUGCAGCACUGCGUCCGACUCAGCGUCCUCAAAAAUCAUCUCCCAUCACGCCCCCCCGGAGUCUGCAUGGCUCCCUGGACAGUUUAAAUGAUGACUCGGCCGAGACAACCAUGAGCCGCCGCUCCACCAUGGAAAGCCGCCCAAGCAGCAUCAGCAAGGUGGCCGAACAUGAAUGGUUGCGAACAGAGCACUUGGGUGAAGUAACUGGCCUACCCACUCGGGACCACUGGAAAGCGGAUUCGGCUUCUCCCAACUGCGAUUCGCCAACUUGCCGCUCUUCCUUUGGCAUCUUCCUCCGUCGUCACCACUGUCGCCACUGCGGCCACGUCUUCUGCUCCUCGCACACACCCCACGUGGUCCCCCUCGACCAAGAUGCCCGCUUCCAUCCUGAGGGCGUUGCCUCCCGCGCCUGUGACUUGUGCUGGAGCGCCUUUCAGCGCUGGGAGGAGACUCGCAGCGACAACCUGAACAGGAUUCAGAACUCAAUCGAUGCUAAGACCAGCGAUGUCGGUGCGACCACUGAACACGAGGAAAUCCAGGGUAGCCAGCAGACUGGCCGUGCCAUGUUGGAACCUAACCUUGGUCAGACCGAAGUUGCAGCCAGUGUUCCCCGUGACUGGCACUGGAGCACCUUCUGA